UUGAAACGAAAUCGCACAGCAUAACCAACUAGUGCACAAAAUAUCUUAAAACAAGAUGUCGUGUGGUGUCGUGUGUGUAUUUAUUAUAUUUAUCUGUCAAAAUGGAUUAUUACAAUUAUCGAAUGCUGAAGAAAAUGCUACUACAACAGCUGAACAACCCACAACUAAAUCAUCUACACAAGAGUCACUUGCACAGGAUCCACCUGCAGAAGACCCAACUACACAGAAACCGACUGCAAUAAAUGCAACUGCAUUGAAUGCAACUACACAGGACUCACCUGAAUCAGAUUCUUCUACGAAAGGUCCUAAACAGGACCUACUUACAGUGGACCCACCUUCACCAAAAUCCCCAACCAAAGACGGAAAUACGACAGACAACUUAAAACAGAAUGAUGAAGUUGUGUCGUCCAAUGAACCACCAAAGUUAGUAUCACUUGUGGAAGAUGAAUUACCAACACAAACAAAAAAUGAUAGUAAAGUUACACCCACAGCAACAUCGCCACAAACAGCAGAAGAUGAAACAAAAAUAGAAGAGACGUCGUCUACUAAAGCAAAUAGUACUGACGCUUUAUCAACAGAUAAAGAAUCAAAGAAAACCGAUGAAGAUGAACCAGGUACAAAAGACGCUGAGAAAGUCAAAACAGAAAUAAAAUCUGGCAAUAAGGAAAACAACGAUGUAGAAUUGAGUACUAUUGCACCUCCAAAAGGUAUUUUGGACUUCAGCCUUUUUGGUUCUGUUAUUAAUAACGAAACCCCAUAUCGCAGAGCUCCAAUGAGCUAUGUUGAAGUUCGAGACGACAUUGAAAGGGUGGUAUCCAAAGGCGUCGAUUCAGCGAAGGAUAUUGCAGGUGGAGCAUACAAUGUGAUGAGGUCUGCCUUCUCCAAUGUUAUAAACAAAUAGUUAUCUACCUACAACUAUAUUUUUUGUUUAUGCGACACCUAAAUAUAUCGUUAAUGCUUAAUUUUGAUUAAGUAACUGAGCCAAUUUUUUUAUCUUUAUUUUGGUCAAUUCCUACAAUAAUUAAUUCAAUAGAUAUAUCUAUUCCUAGCAGGGCCCACAGUAAAGU